UGACUGUUACAGCCCCAAGACUCUCCACAGUGACUGUUACAGCCCCAAGACUCUCCACAGUGACUGUUACAGCCCCAAGACUCUCCACAGUGACUGUUACAGCCCCAAGACUCUCCACAGUAACUGUUACAGCCCCAAGACUCUCCACAGUGACUGUUACAGCCCCAAGACUCUCCACAGUGACUGUUACAGCCCCAAGACUCUCCACAGUGACUGUUACAGCUCCAAGACUCUCCACAGUAACUGUUACAGCCCCAAGACUCUCCACAGUAACUGUUACAGCCCCAAGACUCUCCACAGUGACUGUUACAGCUCCAAGACUCUCCACAGUGACUGUUACAGCUCCAAGACUCUCCACAGUAACUGUUACAGCCCCAAGACUCUCCACAGUGACUGUUACAGCCCCCAAGACUCUCCACAGUGACUGUUACAGCUCCAAGACUCUCCACAGUAACUGUUACAGCUCCAAGACUCUCCACAGUGACUGUUACAGCCCCAAGACUCUCCACAAUGACUGCUACAGCCCCAAGACUCUCCACAGUGACUGUUACAGCCCCCAAGACUCUCCAUAG